CAUUCUGCCCUCUGGCAGCCUCCUUCCGACCAUCCAGAUACCACCUCCUUCAAGAAGCCCUCCCUUUGGGGAGGUAGCCCCGCCCUUUGGGAGCACAAAACCCUUUUUGCUCCCAAAGCCCUACGGCUUUAUCAUGUGCUGAUGCUACUCUCUGCUUGUUCGCUGGCUGGGCAGGCCGGUGAACACUUUGCAGGAGGGGGCUUUGUCAUAAUCUUCUUUGUAGCCCCAGCCCUAGCUCAGCAGCGGAGCCCCUCAAACCUCGGGAACUCCUCCCUGCAAAGGAGCCAGGACGCCCUCCCUCAGGCUGCCUUUAACCAGGGCAGAGUGACAGAGGACCUCCACAGAGUUAGCGGUCACUGCCUUAGCAGUUAGGCCUCGGGGCCCGGGCAGGCACAGCUGGCGGGACUCGGCGCAGGCUGGCGCUGGGGCUUGUGUAUCCACCUCACAGCUGCAGGCGGACUGUAAGCGCGCGCGCGGUCGCCAUGGCAGCGCAGCCGCCGCGGCCAGUGGGUGAGAGGAGCAUGGGGAGCCCCCGGGAGGCCGUCCGUGCGCCGGCCAGGUCCCCGGCUUGGGCCCCCACUCAGGCCCGUACUCCGGGCGCGGCCCUGGUGGGCCAGCGCGAAUCUCCAGAAUCUGGUCUCCAGGAACAUUAUUCUAAUCUGUGUAUGGAAAAAUCCCAGAAAAUUAAUCCUUUUAUAUUGCGUAUGCUCCAAGAAGUGGAUGAAGAAAUUAAAAAGGGGCUAGCAGCAGGAAUCACAUUAAACAUUGCUGGUAACAAUCGCUUAGUGCCAGUAGAAAGAGUUACAGGAAUAUCAGCUCCAUUCAUCUGUGCUUCAGGUUUGGAUGUUGGAUAUAACCUUCUAAGUGAUGUUGGUGCAUACUAUGCUGCGAAACUGGUUCAGAAACAACUCAGUCUCAUUUACUUAAACCUCAUGUUUAAUGAUAUUGGGCCUGAAGGUGGAGAAUUGAUUGCUAAAGUGCUACAUAAGAAUCAGACUCUGAAAUACCUAAGAAUGACUGGAAACAAAAUUGAAAAUAAAGGUGGAAUGUUUUUUGCUGCAAUGCUGCAAAUUAAUUCAUCGUUAGAGAAAUUAGAUCUGGGUGACUGUGACCUGGGAAUGCAAAGUGUGAUAGCAUUUGCUACCGUACUAACUCGAAACCAAGCAAUUAAGGCAAUAAACCUAAACCGACCUAUACUGUAUGGUGAACAGGAAGAGUCCACAGUCCAUAUAGGCCGUAUGUUGAAAGAAAAUCACUGUCUUGUUGUACUACACAUGUGUAAGCAUGAUAUAAAAAACAGUGGUAUACAACAGUUAUGUGAUGCACUGUAUCUGAACAGUAGCCUGCGCUACCUUGAUGUCAGCUGCAACAAAAUAACUCAUGAUGGAAUGGUGUAUUUGGCUGAUGUACUGAAAAGCAACACUACCCUGGAAGUAAUAGAUCUUUCCUUUAACAGAAUCGAAAAUGCAGGUGCAAACUAUCUCAGUGAAACUCUUACUUCACACAACAGGAGUCUUAAAGCGUUGUCAGUAGUCAGCAACAACAUAGAGGGAGAAGGACUUGUUGCACUUUCACAAUCAAUGAAAACAAAUCUCACAUUCUCUCAUAUCUACAUUUGGGGAAACAAAUUUGAUGAGGCUACGUGUGUAGCAUAUUCAGACUUAAUUCAAAUGGGUCGUCUAAAACCAGACAAUACAGAUGUGGAGCCAUUUGUGGUAGAUGGACGCGUAUAUCUUGCAGAAGUCUCCAAUGGUCUUAAAAAGCAUUAUUAUUGGACAUCAACUUCUGGAGAAUCUUAUGACCACUCAUCUAAUGCAGGUUUUGCUCUUGUUCCAGUAGGACAGCAGCCAUGAAAAAGUAGCUCUAAAAUAAUUUUCAUACAUUUGUCUUAUUAUUUCACAGAGGUUAAUAUUCUAUAGCCUAUUUGUUUUCUUUUAUAAAUUAAAACAGGUUACUUUUUUCAAAUGUGUAAAAGAUAAUAACUUUGUAUAACUGUCUAUUGUGAAAAACUGAGUAGGGUUAAUUUUUUAAAAGAAAUUUUACAAUAUAAACUAAAGUUUUAACCCUGGAGAAAGAGGCCAAGGAACUAGACUAAAUUUCUUUUUAUAAUGAAAAUAUAACCAAGUAGUGAAAUAGCAUGCAAGUAAAGGUCAUUAUAGGUAUCUAACUGAAAGUUAUUAAGUAGUAUUAAUAAAAAGGUUUGUGGUAGCAAAUUACCAGUGACUUUCAAAGGGUUUCAAAGUUCAGAAGCUGAAAAAGUAUUCUACCUAUCCUAUUUACGUGUUACAGACAGGUAUUAAUAACAAUUUCAUAAAUACAGGCAAAUAUAUAAACAUAUACAUACCCCUUUCCCAAGUCAGUGCUGCUAGCUUCUCCCACCCUCCUCUCAUAGAUAACCACUAUCCUGAUUUCUAAUACCAAAGAGUAGUUUUGCCUGUUCUUGACCUUUAUAUAAAUGGAAGCAUACAGUAUACACUCUUUUUGUGUCUGACUUCUUUUGUUCAACAUUAUAUUAGUAUGAUUCAUUUAUGUUGUUUAAUGUAGCAGUAGUCUGUUCACUUUUCAUUGCUUUAUAGUAUUCCUCACAUGCUGGGUACUAGGGAGUCUACUAGAUUCUGGAAAGAGUUUGAUUUCCCAGGCUACGGUCUCUUCCUGUGUGCUACAGAAGGGACCCACAAGUUCCCAUAUUCCCCCAAAGGGAGAUUCAGAAGAUGGCUGAAGGGGAAGCAAGUAGGCUUACCUUGAGCUCACAGUGGGGUGCAGGUGGUAAACCUGUAAUGUGACCUAGACUGCUGCCUGAGGCAGAGCUGCAGUUGACAGGGCCCCAGAGAGUUUUCCAAAUCCAAGAGAACUGAGAUGAAAUCAGUUCAGCAAAGGACAACUGGGCUCUGACUAGACUAGGAAAGACUCGGUGUCUUAUUUUAUAAGCUGCUGCCUGCCGCAACAGAGGUCAGUAUAAUGCCCAGAGAAUGGAAGGGCUCAAGAAAGACUCUGUCUAUCCUGAUGGCCACUGUCUUGUAAGAUACGUCUGGACACCAUUUUAGCGAGACAAACGGCAGAAAUAAAACAGCAUUUCUUCAAAAGAUUAAGCAUUACCUGUAAAUCCCUUAAGAUACUAUAAAUUCUAACCCCUUUAUAUCAGACUAGGUUUUAAACUGGCUAAAACUAAAAGUUAAUUUCUUCCAGACUUACCACUGGGUAUGGGCUCAAGAGGAAGGACAUAUAAGUUCCAUAGGAAAACUCUCAUUUCCUCUGCACAUCUAAAUUAUAAAGAGCAAAUCUGCAACCAUAUUGUAUGUAUUGUUUCAUUUUUCUCUUAGCAAUCAUCCUUUAAGACCCAGCUCAAAGACUGCUCCAUCUUACACUGUUGCAGAUCAGAUUAUACUCAUCAUUUUACAAUGUUUCAAAUUUGAAAGCAAAAAAUAAAGCAGUAUGUGCUUUUCACAUAUUUGGGAAAAUAA